AAAUCAUCAUCCAUUUGAAAGAUAUUUCAGCUCAAAUAGAUGUACUUGGAUUGGAAAAGGGUGUAGAAGGAAAAGUUUCUUCUUUGGAAGGAUCAACAGUCACUCCAUCUACACCUUUGGUAGGUGAAACCAUAGUUUAUAGCAAGGAUAAGGAAAAAGAAGAAAUUGUUGAAUUCCUGCUCAGUUACCAAGGGAGUGAAAGCAAAGUCGAUGUGAUUUCCAUAGUCGGUAUGGGUGGGGCUGGGAAGACCACACUUGCACAAUUGGUUUACAAUGAUAAGAGAGUGCAAGAGCAUUUUGACCUAAGGGUAUGGGUCUGUGUUUCUGAUGAGUUUGAUGUGGCCAGGAUAACAAUGUCCAUUCUUUACUCAGUCUCUUGGACCAACAAUGAUUUGCAAGACUUUGGACAAGUUCAAGUUAAAUUGCGAGAUGCAUUAGCUGGAAAAAAGUUUUUGCUAGUUUUGGACGAUGUGUGGAAUGAGGAGUACAGCAAAUGGGAUAUAUUACGGUCUCCUUUCGAGGCAGGAGCAAAGGGAAGUAAAAUCAUUAUAACAACACGCAGUGAGGCUGUUGCAAUGAUAAUGGGAAGAACUGUUCACCUCUUUCGCCUAGGAGUUUUAUCUGAAGACGAUUGUUGGUCACUGUUUGCUAAACAUGCAUUUAAAAAUCGAAAGAUGGAUCAACAUCCAAAUUUGGAAGUUGCCAAGGAAAUCGCAUAUAAAUGUAAAGGCUUGCCCUUGGCUGCAAAGGUGCUUGGUCAACUUCUACAGUCUGAACCAUUCGAUCAAUGGGAAACGGUAUUGAAUAGCGAAAUGUGGACUUUGGCAGAUGAUUACAUUCUUCCACAUUUAAGGUUAACUUAUUCUUAUCUUCCUUUCCAUUUGAAGAGAUGUUUUGCUUAUUGUGCACUAUUUCCCAUGGACUACGAAUUUGAGGUAAAUGAGUUAGUCUUCUUAUGGAUGGCUGAAGGUUUAAUUCAGCAACCAGAAGGAAAUCGGCAAAUGGAAGACUUAGGUGUUGAUUAUUUUCAUGAAUUGCGCUCAAGGUCCUUUUUCCAACAAUCUAGUAACGAGUCAAAAUUUGUGAUGCGUGACCUUAUUUGUGAUUUAGCUCGAGCCUCUGGUGGAGAUAUGUACUGCAUCUUGGAGGAUGGGUGGAAUCACCACCAAGUCAUUUCUGAAGGAACUCAUCAUUUUUCAUUCGCGUGUCGGGUUGAAGUUAUGUUAAAACAAUUUGAAACCUUCAAAGAAGUAAAUUUUUUACGAACCUUCUUAGCAGUAUUACCAACUGCUGCACCAGAAGAUGAUGAAGCGGUUUGCAACUCAACUACUAGGGAGCUUGACAAAUUGUUGGCAAAAUUCAAACGCUUAAGGAUUCUCUCUUUGAGGGGUUGUCAGAUAAGUGAGCUACCACAUUCAAUUGGUAAUUCCAUGUAUCUGCGGUAUCUUAAUUUGUCCCUGACUGCAAUCAAAGGGUUACCUGACUCAGUGGGUACUCUUUUUCAUUUACAAACAUUGCUAUUACAUGGCUGCAAGAGGCUUACUGAGUUACCUCGGAGUAUUGGGAACUUAACUAAUCUUCGGCAUCUCGACAUCACGGACACAGAUCAAUUACAGAAAAUGCCUCCACAAAUAGGCAACUUAAUAGAUUUGCGAAGUUUACCGAAGUUUAUUGUGAGCAAGGACAGCAGUUUAAGGAUAACAGCGCUGAGGAAUUUGUCGCAACUUCGAGGGAAGCUUUCCAUUCUAGGGUUGCAUUAUGCGGGGCAUAUAUGGCCUUCAUGUGAUGCCAUUCUGAGGGAUACGGAAGGACUUGAAGAGUUACUGAUGGAGUGGGUGAGUGAUUUCAGUGAUUCAAGAAAUGAAAGGGAUGAAGUGCAUGUCCUAGACUUACUAGAACCUCACACGAAUCUGAAAAAGCUCAUGGUCUCAUUUUAUGGUGGAUCAAAAUUCCCAAGUUGGAUAGGAAGUUCUUCAUUCUCAAACAUGGUGGAUCUGAAUCUAAACCAUUGCAAAAACUGCACAUCGUUAUCAUCUCUCGGGCGAUUAUCAUCACUCAAGAGCUUGUGCAUCGCCGGAAUGGGUGGUUUGAAGAGGGUUGGUGCUGAAUUUUAUGGGGAGAUUUCUCCUUCUGUCAGGCCCUUUUCAUCCUUGGAGACUCUAAUAUUUGAGGACAUGCCAGAAUGGAAAAACUGGUCAUUUCCUUACAUGGUUGAGGAAGUUGGGGCAUUUCCUUGCCUUCGUCAGCUGACAUUAAUCAACUGCCCAAAAUUGAUCAAGCUACCUUGUCAUCCACCUUCCCUUGUAGAGCUUGCUGUAUGUGAAUGUGCAGAAUUGGCGAUUCCACUUCGAAGACUAGCAUCUGUUGACAAAUUAAGUUUAACAGGAUGUUGCCGGGCUCACUUGUCUACACGAGAUGGGGUUGAUCUCAGCUCCCUCAUCAACACAUUCAACAUUCAGGAAAUUCCAAGUCUCACUUGUCGAGAGGACAUGAAGCAGUUCUUGGAGAUCCUCCAACAUUUGGAGAUAUAUGACUGUGCUUGCUUGGAGAAGCUGCCAGAUGAAUUGCAGAGACUCGUAUCUCUCACAGAUAUGAGAAUUGAGCAGUGCCCAAAACUUGUGUCACUUCCAGGGAUUUUCCCACCGGAGCUACGAAGCCUUAGCAUCAACUGUUGUGAGAGUUUGAAGUGGCUACCUGAUGGAAUAUUGACAUAUGGGAACAGCAGCAACUCUUGUCUCCUUGAACACUUGGAGAUACGGAACUGUCCAUCACUCGCCUGCUUUCCUACAGGAGAUGUUCGCAACUCACUUCAGCAACUGGAGAUUGAACAUUGUGUUAAUCUGGAGUCUCUGGCAAAGGGAAUGAUGCGGGAUGCUUCAAUCAACCCCAGCAACACUUGCCGUCUUCAAGUCUUGAAGCUCUACAGAUGUUCAUCUCUCAGGUCCUUUCCAGCAGGCAAGUUGCCGUCUACUCUUAAGCGGCUUGAGAUAUGGGAUUGCACGCAGUUAGAUGGAAUUUCAGAGAAGAUGCUGCAGAACAAUACUUCCCUUGAAUGUUUGGACUUUUGGAAUUAUCCAAACCUGAAAACUCUGCCUCGGUGUCUCACUCCCUACCUGAAAAACCUUCACAUUGGAAACUGCGUGAAUUUUGAGUUCCAAUCUCAUCUCAUGCAGAGCCUCUCAUCCAUUCAAAGUUUAUGUAUACGGAGGUGUCCAGGUCUGAAGUCCUUUCAGGAGGGCGAUUUGAGUCCCAGCCUCACAUCACUUCAGAUUGAAGAUUGCCAGAAUCUCAAGUCACCCCUGUCUGAGUGGAACCUCCACCGACUCACCUCUCUUACCGGACUCAGAAUUGGUGGCCUAUUCCCGGAUGUGGUCUUAUUCUCCGCCAAACAGGGCUUCCCACUUCUUCCUACAACUCUCACACAUCUUUCCAUAGACAGAAUCCAGAAUCUGGAAUCCCUUGUCUCCCUUGGUCUUCAGAACCUCACCUCUCUUAAAGAGCUAAGAUUCACAGAGUGCCUUAAGCUCCACUCAUUUCUGCCAAGCGAAGGGCUGCCCUCUACAGUUUCAAUGCUUUUCAUCAGGAACUGUCCACUUCUAAGCCGAAGGUACUCAAAAAAUGGAGAAGACUGGCGUGAUAUUGGCCACAUUCCCUGCAUUCGAAUGUAUGAUUAACUGUUCAGCAAAUACGAGCAGAUUUCCAGUCUUCCUUCAUUUUUUGUAAUCAGUAGAGAAACUGUACUUGAAAUGAAAAAUUCCCUCAGCAACGGGUUCAGCCUACUGUCGUUGUGGCAUGUUCUUACCCUGAAGAAGAUGCUUCUCGAGGCCCUUUCCCAUACAUUCAAUGGCAUGCCAGCAUCAUGGCCCAUAACUUCAUAUUUAUAUAGUUCAGUCUGUGGCUUAUGAACUCUUGUGAAGCCUUACGCAUUCAGUUUUGAAGAUGAUGAUUUGAAGUUUGUGGCUUAGUUUAGUUCCAGAGGGAUUUGAAGAAGAUGAUUGCAGUAUCUGUUGUAAAUGGUGUCAUGCUUUGGAAAUUCAGCACUGUGCUUUUCCAAUUAAUGGCUCCUAAAGGUGAAAGGAGAAGUUUUGCCCAAGAUUGCUCACAUCCCCUGCAUUUAGAUGUAUGACCGACUUUUAUUAAGUGAACGAGAACGAGAACGAGAACGAGAACACUCUUCCCUUAGUGUUUAUAAUCAGGAACAUAAGAAUGAAGCACAUGAAAUGAAGAUUUCUUAUGGUGGCACAUUCCUACCCUAUAGAAAGUUUUUUGUUUUGGGAAUUCAUCUUGAGUCCAUUUCCAGAAAAAUUCCAUGGCACUAAGAACGACGGGCCUCUAUUAUUACAUAAAUUUAUAUGGGGGCUUCGUUAACGAAGAUGAAUGCUGGAAAUAUGAUAGGGUGAUGAAGGUCAAGAACCAUUUUGGGCCGACUUGGAGGCCAAGCACUAACUGGUUUAGAUGAUUUCUCUUUUAGUUUCAUCUGGUUAAGGUUAAGGUUUUUUCAUUAUUUAUUUAGCAAUUAUUCGGGAGCAUUCCCGACUUUUAUUAAUGUAGCUUUGUAGAAGCUGAUAGCCAUUACAAUCUGUACUCUGUUUUUCUUGGUGAUCAUGCUAGAAUACGGUUUUCUCAUCAUCCUCUACAGGUGGCAUGUGGAAAGAAGUAAAGGCCAUAACCUAAACUUGGGUUCUUUGGGAUGCUGCUUGGAGACUUGAACCUAUGCUUCGAUGAUCUUAGAAAUUACUUGCAAAGCAAUGGCAUUAGAAAGAAGCAAGGUCAGUCAAUUUGUACUAAAUUACUGGUUUAUUUAUAAUGAUUUUUUUUUAUUUGCCCAA